AUGUUGAAAAAACGUCUUCAUAUAACACUCGUCUUACUUCAUUUGGUAUUACAACUAACAUUAACUUUUAUUUCGUCUUUACAUUGGUUUCUAUUAAUACUUUCGUUUAUUGGCUAUUCAAUUCUGUUAUACAAACAAUAUUAUCACUCUAACAAUCCUUCUCUCUUCUGUAAUCAUUAUUUAUCAACAAUAAUUUUUACUUCUAUUCACUUUAUAUUUGUUCUUGCUUAUAAUAAAAUUCUUCCAUGGGAAAUUGGUCUUGUCAUAUUAUUCUUAAUACUUAUUCUUCAUUAUGCUCGACGACUAGGUGCAUCAAUAUUCAGAUGGGAUCUUACUUGGUUACCUCUUGGUUAUCAGCAAGAUUAUGAUUCCAUCAUGUCUAUAGUCGUGGCGAAAUUUCUCGUAUCGAGUUUGCUACUCUUUGGAUAUACAUGUCAAUUAUGUUUAACAACAGUGUGUACACCAUCGAUUUAUUUCAAUUGGUUUCUCAUUGUUACUGAUUGUCGUUAUACCUAUGCAUAUCUUCUUUCGAGUUAUACAUUUGCUGGUGGUGUUCUCAUAUCAUUAUCUUGGACAGUCGUAUUACUUCUCCAUUUGGUUGUUCAUCGAUUCAAAUCUUAG